AUGGGCGAGUUCGAGCUCCAGUUCCCCGCGGAGCAGAGGACCUUGCACUUGCACCCGGACCGCCUGUGGAUUUGGGAAGAGGACGUGUAUUUGGAUGAGAACCGGCACCCCUGGCUUUCCAUGACCUUCGAGAUAGAAGGUUGCUUCCAAGUGCUCCUGCAGCAGAAGGACGUCUCCCUGGGGGAGCCAAAGACCCCCAGCCAGCUACGCUCCUACGUGCUGCCUCUGAUGUGGCAGCUCUACCCUGGCAGUCAGUACCGAGGCUCAGACUCCAGUUACUGGCGCAUAGUGUACCACGUCGAGUUCGGUGACAUCCAGGACAUGCUCCUUGAGAAGCUCCCAGACAUGGAGUAG